ACAGCGCAGGCGCAGAUCCUCGGCUCCUGGGUCAGCUGACCCGAGGGGGUGAUCUCGCUGAUCUAGGCCGCUUACCUCGGCCUCGGAGUCGCCACCGCCAUGGCCAGCCAGUCGCAGGGCAUCCAGCAGCUGCUGCAGGCCGAGAAGCGGGCCGCCGAGAAGGUGUCGGAGGCCCGCAAGCGAAAGAACCGGAGGCUGAAGCAGGCCAAAGAAGAAGCUCAGGCUGAAAUUGAACAGUACCGCCUGCAAAGGGAGAAGGAGUUCAAGGCCAAGGAAGCUGCGGCCCUGGGAUCCCACGGCAGCUGCAGCACUGAGGUGGAGAAGGAGACCCAGGAGAAGAUGACCAUCCUCCAGACCUACUUCCAGCAGAACAGGGAUGAAGUCCUGGAUAACCUCUUGGCCUUUGUCUGUGACAUCCGGCCAGAAAUCCACGAAAACUACCGCAUAAACGGAUAGGGGAGGAAGGAGCAGCUCUGCGCGGAUUGGCAUUUUUCAAUGCGUUCGUGGUUAUGAGGCUUCAGCAAAGCUUGAGUUACUUUCUUGUGAAAAGGCAUUAAAUUAUUUCUGUAUGUCAUAUAGUAGAUCCCUUCACUUUUUAGAGAAUAGCAGACCUAGCUUCUUUGUACAAACUUAGAGCUUAUCCAAAGAUUUUCUUUUACCUCAUAUUUCUUAAAAUUUAAAGUGUAUAUGUUGUCUGUUUUCCUAUGCCUUUUAGCUCAAGCAACAUAUAUAUCAAUACUUUUUCUUUCUUAGAUGUAGUAAAAAAAAAAAAAAUUAAAUUUUUUUUUUUUUUUUUUUUUUUUUUUUUAAAGAAAGAAAGGGAUUAAAUAUUUUUUUUCCCUAUAGCUUUCUUAAAGGUCAGGGGCUUUAUCUAUGAAAAAGUAGUAAAUAGUUAUUUGUAACUUGUGUGAAGCAGCAGCCAGCCUUAAAAUAGUCCUUUCUGGCUAAGGGUUAGAACAAUAAAUACUAGUAUAAUUGUUUGGGCUGCUUUUAGUUUCUCUUAAUCAAAAUUACUAGCUGAUAGAAUUCCAAAACUUGUUACAUCGUGUACUGAUAAUCAUUUAAAAGUAAAGACUUUGUCAUGCAUUUUCCCUU